CACUCGCCCGAUUACCGCCUCUACUUUAAGAAUUCAGAGGGUAAAUAUAUUUCUCCAUUUCAUGACAUCCCACUGUUCGCUGGAUCUAAAGAAGAUAAAGAGAUUCCAGCAAAGAGAUCAAAGACUACUGGAAGUGAGGUACUGUUUAAUAUGGUUGUGGAAGUGCCUCGUUGGACAAAUGCAAAAAUGGAGAUUGCCACUGAGGAGCCAUUGAAUCCCAUUAAACAAGAUAUAAAGAAAGGCAAGCUUCGAUAUGUGGCAAAUAUCUUUCCUCACAAGGGUUAUAUAUGGAAUUAUGGUGCCCUCCCUCAGACCUGGGAAGAUCCAAACCACACAGAUAAGAUUACAGGAUGUUGUGGGGAUAAUGAUCCUAUUGAUGUUUGUGAAAUAGGUUCAAAGGUUCGUUCUUCUGGUGAGAUUAUUCAGGUGAAAGUCCUGGGAGUUUUAGCUCUUAUUGAUGAAGGAGAGACAGAUUGGAAGAUAAUUGCUAUCAGUGUGGAUGAUCCAGAAGCCCAGAAAAUCCAUGAUAUUGAUGAUGUCAGGAAGCACAAACCAGGCUACCUUGAGGCUACAAUUGACUGGUUCCGAUCAUAUAAGGUCCCAGAUGGUAAACCAGAAAAUCGCUUUGCGUUUAAUGGAGAAUUUAAAGACAAGGAUUUUGCUGUUGAAAUUAUUAAAUCUACCCAUGAAUACUGGAAAGCUUUGCUUCAUAAAAAAGCUGAUGGAGGUACUAUUAAAUGCACAAAUGUUCUGGUGGGUGAUAGCCCAUUUUGCUGCAGUGAAGAGGAUGCCCAAUCAAUUGUACAAUCGGCACCAGCACCUGUGAAUGGAGAUUCUAUUUCCCCCAAAG